UGUGCGCGCACGUACUUGUACAUGCACACAGUAAGGACCAAAGAACGUAUUUUAGCAACAGAGUGAGGAAAUCUUUGCAAAGUGAGGACAUUUUGGGACCUCACUUCUUCAAAGGCCUUCAAAGACAUUUGGGGUUCAGGUAAGGAUAAUGUUUAGGUUAGGGUAAGGGUUAGUGUUAGGCAUUUGGUUGUGAUGGUUAAGGGUAGGGUAAGUGGCUAGGAAAUGCAUUGUGUAAAUAAGAGUCCUCACAAAACAGAAGUACAAGAAUGUGUGUGUGUGUGUGGGUGUGUGUAUAAAUACAAAAGUGGAGACGCACUAACAGAGCAGUUUUCACUUCCACUUCACCUGUCUCUACUCAUGCAAAUGAUUUCCCUUCUGAUAAUAAAUAUACAGGAGAACUCUGCACUCUCCAUUUCUACGAUCAAAGGCUGAUCCUCUCCACAACAACAAUGAACAUCUCUGAGGAGCAGAUACAUGGCGUCUAUGGAAGUGACUCCCGCCAAGAGAACAUCAUAUUUGCAACAUUUUACAUCCUGAUUUUCGCCAUCGCUGUGCCUGGAAAUGCCUUGGCACUGUGGGCCUUCUUUCGCCAGGACAGCACGUCUCCAUCUAAGGUCUUCCUGAGGCACCUAUCUGUAGCAGACAUCUCUUACAUCCUCAUUUUACCCAUGAGAAUAGUUUACCACCUAUCUGACAGCCACUGGCCUUUUGGACAUGUCCUCUGUCAGUUAGCAGGCUUCCUCUUUUACCUUAACAUGUACUGCAGCCUGUAUUUAAUGAGUUUCAUCAGCCUGGACAGAUUUCUGGCUGUGGUUCUACCUAUCAAAUCACAGUCAGUUAGGAAGGCUGUGUAUGCGAAGGUAGUUGUUGGCAUACUUUGGGUGACUGUCAUUGUGUCUAUGAGUCCUAUACUUUUCUCCAAAAAGAACAUGACCCACAACUCAACUGGCAUCUGCAACAAGCUGUACUUAGAAAAGACAUCUCCCACAGCUUUGAUCUCUACUAUUGUGGCAUUUGCCAUCCCCCUCACCACCAUCGUGGUUUCUUACAUAAUGAUUCUGCUGAAGCUGAGGUCACUCAAGCAACAGGAAGAACGCCCAGUGAAAGACAAAGCUAUAAGAAUGAUCAUUCUCAUUGUGAUGAACUUCCUGUUUGCAUUCGUACCCUACCAUGUGAGCAGGGUAAUCUACAUCCAAAGCCACAGUCACGGCAGUAUGACUGCAGCAACCCACGAGGCUCUGGGAAGAGCCAACAGGAUCACAUCUGCACUGACCUGUGUCAGUGGUGUACUGGAUCCUGUGAUGUAUUUCUUCUUGAACCGUGCAUACAGGGACAUGCUGCUUCAACUGUUCUGCAAAAAGCGAGGAAGAUGAUCGAUAAGCAACAAGUACCAUGUAGUCAGUAAACAUUUUUAAAGGAAUUGUCCUGUUUUGAAUAAUUUCUAGAGACAUGGUCAGACUUGAAUACAUUCAGAUUUCUAAAAUGUAGGUUACAAAAUGGUUUAAGGUACCAACAUAAUUACCACCUGUCAAAUACAGGAUUGAUUUAAAGGGUUUUUUAUUUGUUUUUAAAGUCCCCCCCCC